GCCUAUUGAAGUUAUUCAACUUUUAAACAGGGGCCCUGGGUUCGGUUUAAAAUCACUUCCAGUCAGUGUACCGCGGUUAAGAGUGUGUAAUACUGCCACCUAUCAGUGAUACAGCGACACUGCACUGUUACUCCAGCGCGAUGGCCAAACAGGAAGCGCCCGCACCCCUGAAAUCUCUCAACUCGAACGAUCCAACAUUCAUCACUUUUAUUAAUAAAUCCAGCCAGAAUGCCGAAGCGUGGUGGCUAGACUUCGAGGGGAAGCCGGUGUCUUACGGCGCCAUACAACCGAGGAGUUCGCUUCAGAUGAAAACCUUUUUGACUCAUCCGUGGAUCUUCAGAGCACCUGACGGAGCUAAACUGCAGGUUAACCUCAGCGAAGUUUACUUUCCAACUCCUGUGCAGUAUGAGGUGUACGGAUACCCGCGGUACCAGCCUGUCUAUGUCACUGCACCAGUGUACUCAUUACAAGAAUACUGUAUACGGUUAAUCAGGAGUAUGGUGAGAAAAAGAGACAUCUGCAAGCUGGAAAUCCCCGAGGGUUUGAGAAAGGACCUCAGCCAAGCUCCUGAUCUACUGAGAGACAUUCAGAUUUUAGCUGCCAAGAGAUCAAUAAAUGGUUCAAACUGACCAGUUUCAAUCAAACAGGAAGCAGAACUCAUUUAUGAUGUUAUGUUAAAGUGGAAGUAUGCAUUAGUUCAUACUUUUACUUUGAACAUGUGGAAAAAGUUAUAAUUUUCUAUCUUUAUUAUUCUGUUUUUUUAUGCAAUGACAGGACAUCAGCACUUUGUUAUACAUUUCCUCGACCAAUCAGAUUCGAGGAUGGUAACUUACUGUUGUACAUGAAAACAACAAAUAUGGGUUUUAAAGAAUUUAAUUUAAUUUUUUUUUUUUACACCAAAAAACAUUAUAUGACAUAUCAGUUUUUAUACGUGACCAUUUUGCCCUUAAAAAAAAAAAAAAAAAUCAAUGACAGCAAUAUAUUUAUGUUUUAUGAUAAUAAUUAAUAUUUUUAUUAUGAUGAAUAUUGCACUUUGGAUACAGGCAUAUAGAGGUCCCUGAAUAUUAAUGAUCUCAAUUAUUUUGUAAUUUUUUAGUUUAUUAAAAUGAGCAGACUGACAUAAUGGAAAUAUUUUGAUGCAUUUGAAACUGACUGCAUGCUGCUUUAACAUUGUUUGUUUAUUGAAUGUUAUAUUGUGAGACCAAAAACUGCAGCAAAUAAAACUGUGUUUAACUACAUUUUAAAAA